AUGGAGUCUCCAGUUUCAUUUUUCAAAUAACUUUCCAAGACUUGCCACACCAGAAAGUCCAUAGAAACAGGAAAAAGAAAUGGAGGAACAACAGAAAUCCAGUCAUGUGGUGCUUGUUAUGGUAACCUUUCAAGGCCACAUAAAUGCCGCUCUCCAGCUAGCUACUAUCUUGCACUCAAAGGGCUUCUCAAUCACUAUAGUUCACCUUGAAUUGAACUCUCCUAAGCCUUCAAACUACCCCGAAUUCACCUUCGUAUCCAUACCAGAUAAUCUCACGGAAUCUCAACUCUCAGAUAAAGAUAUUCCAGGUCUUGUGAGGAGUGUCAACAAAAACUGUGCAGCACCAUUACAGCGAUGCCUCGAAAAGAUCUUGCACUCUCAUCACCAUAUCUCUGCUGUCAUCUAUGAUUCAUUCAUGUUUUGUGCUCAACCUAUAGUCGACGAUUUGGGGCUACCCGGGGUAACUCUGUGUACACAUUCUGCUCUAGGAUUGCUAUUCUAUCAUGUCUUUCCUCAACUUAAUGAGAAAGUUUGUGUUGCAGAUUGUAUAUCUGGACUUGAAUCACCAGAGCUUCAAGCUCUUCAGCUUCAAGGCUUUCAUGCAUUAUCAUCACAGAAUCCGACUGAAGCAGGGCUGGAGGUGGGAGCUGCAUUCGCAAAUGCGUUGAAGAGCUCAUCAGCUAUAAUUGUGAACUCAAUGGAAUUUUUAGAACUAGAAGUACUGUCAAAGAUCAAACAAUACUUACCUACUCCAAUUUUCAUCGUAGGACCAUUACACAAAUUAGCUCCAACCAUGUGCAACUCAUUAUGUACUGAGGACAAUAAAUGCAUCUCUUGGCUUAACAAACAAGCCCCCAAAUCUGUCAUCUAUGUGAGCUUUGGUAGCAUUGCCAAUAUUGAUAAGCAAGAACUAAUUGAGACAGCUUGGGGACUAUCCAACAGUAAACAACCCUUCCUGUGGGUGUUUAGGCCUAGUAUGGAUCGUGGCUCAGAAUGGACUGAAUCAUUGCUAAAUGAGUUGGAAGAGAGUGUGGGAGAAAGAGGUUUCAUUGUGAAAUGGGCACCUCAAAAGGAAGUGUUGGCUCACGCUGCAGUGGGUGGAUUUUGGAGUCACUGUGGGUGGAAUUCAACCAUUGAGAGUAUUUGUGAAGGGGUACCGAUGUUAUGCAGACCUUUCUUUGGAGACCAAAUCUUGAACGCAUGUUACAUCUGUAACGUUUGGAAAAUAGGCUUGGAAUUGCAGAAUCAGGAAAGAGGGAAUAUAGAAAGAACAAUAAAAAGACUAAUGGUUGAUAUGGAAGGAAAUUAUAUCAGAAAGAGAGCUAUGGAUUUGAAGGAGAAAGCUGCUUUUUAUCUAAUGGAGGAUGGUUCUACAAGCUGUUCUUUCGAUGGGCUAGCAAAACAUAUAUCAUCAGUUUAAGAGACAUGAAAUUAAACAUCCUUGUAGUUGUACUUUCAAUUUAUCGUAUGACAUUGUGAUUUGUGUAAUUCGUAUCUACAAAAAGGGCAAACAUUUGUAUAAUAAAGAAUGAUUUGUUAAA